AUGAAUAUAAAAGGCUUUUUUUGGCUACUAUUCUGGGUCUCGUUAGUAAAUGGUCAAAGUUUUUAUGAGAAGUCGCCACACAUAAUCGAACUUACUCCAAAAACAUUCAGGAAGGUGAUUCAUGAAACAAAUUACACGACACUAGUGGAAUUCUACGCACCAUGGUGUGGCCAUUGCCAACAACUGAAAGGAAUCAUGGAAAGAGUUGCCCGGAACUUAGAUGGGAUUGUUCAGGUGGCUUCUGUGAACUGUGACUUAGCGAAGAACAAGCAAUUGUGUGCUCAACACAGAAUACAGGGAUUUCCCACAUUAAUGGUUUUUCGACCACCUAAAGUUGACCUGAAUAAGGCUCCCGAAGAUGCAAUCAGGUUAGGAAACCAUGCCAGUGAAAUUUACAAAGGUGAGCGGAAGUUGAGAGCCAUUGCUGACUUUAGUGUCUCGAGAGUUAAAAACUACGUGCGGAGGAUUUCAAAGGUUAACACCCUUAUUGAUAUUCUUCAAAAAGAGCAAUCUAGAUACUCUGCUGUCUUGUUUGCCAAGAAAGACAAAAUAUCCCCACUCUUUAAGAGUCUCGCGUUGGACUGGUUGGGCACGAUUGAUUUCUACACGAUUCCCAUUUCUAAACUUGAUGCGAAAGCGCAGGUUUCAUCUACCAACGCCUCUAACAUCACAUCAUUUGUGCAAAAGUUCAGUGAAUUGGAGCAUAAAGAAGAUAAGAGCGUGUUGGUUCUUUUCGACAACAAGGAGGACAGAUACUACAUUUUUGAGGAUAAACUGCUGAAUAAGCUUGAUAUUGCUAUGUUCCUGUCACAAUUUGCAGAACCUACGGAAGGACCACUUACAAAACGGCAGGAAUUCAUAGAUUCCCUCAAGCAAAGCAAAAAAAGUUCCAAAAAACGUUCCACUGGUAGGAAUUCUAAAAUUGAACAUGAUGAAUUGUAG